AUGGUUGUCUUUGUCGACUUGGACGACUCGGAUGAGGUCGAGCAUCAGCAUCAGCAUCAGCAUCAGCAUCAACAUCAACAUGGACAUAAUACCCCAUUCGACAUGCGUGAUUUGAUCAAUGCACAUACCAUCCGAACACCGCGAUAUCCUGAGACUGAGAUCGAGAGUGACGAAGAGGGUGAGGAACAAGAACAUCCCAACUUGAAUGCUCUAUCUGCCGUUUUGGGAAACUAUCCUAUCAUCUCUGAGAUUGCAACACAUUUGGAUCUAAACUCUUUGCACGAUCUCUCAAGGACAUGUCGUCAGAUUCGGGCCAACCUUCUCCAGCAUCGAAGGCAGUUGAUCCCUCACACUUUACGAUGCGUAUCAGACGUCCAGACUUCCUCACAGAAGUCAGUCUUGGAUGAGCAAGAGGACACCUGGACCACUCGAGGACCAGCUGGGAUCAGGAUUCCUAGGUUAACGAGCGGCAAGUUCGGUGCGUGUGCUAGAGAUAUGGUAGGAGAAUGUCGACGAUGCGGGACUGUUGUUUGUCGAAAUUGCACAAUGAAAGCACCCUCAAGCACAGCUCUAAAGUCUCGUCAUCGACGACUCUGCCGCACAUGCAUCAAAGCUCCCUUAUCUCUACACACCACCAUCCCCUCAGAACCCGACUCCCACCACCACCACGACGAUGCAAACUCUACUCCCUCACAUCCACCCCUCUACCGCAGCCCCUGCACCUGCACCACCCACACCUGGCUCUGCAAACCCUGCGCCACAACCUCCCGCACCCUCGACACAUCCUACAUGCGCGCCUGGACCUGGCGCUCCCGCUACUCAACCCACCUCCACGGCAUCGGCACAGGCCUGGGCACGGGCAUCGAAGGCGUGCAAUGCGGAAGGGAAUCCCACUGUCUCUCCGCCCGCACGAUCUUCAAAGAAUUCGAAUGCGAUGCAGCUGACACACGACGCACUGGAGGUUACUUUUUGCAGGAAAUGGAAGGGAUUGGCGGUGUGGUGAAGAAGAAGGUCAAGAGGAGAUUGUUGGUGGGCGAUGUGGUGCAGGAGUACGAGGAUGAAAGGGAGGGUGGGAGGUAUCUUGAGAGGGAACAGGAGGGGUUGGAGAGGAGUUGGUGUUCGUGGUGUGACAGGGUGGUGUUGGGCAAGAAGGAUGUGGCUAGGCUUGGGAAAUCUGAUAGGAGUGAGGUUGGAGGAGAUGCUUUGGGUAGAAGUUGUGAGAGCGAUCUCAGUUCGAGUUCCAGUCUUUGA